GAUGACCUCUGAUUAAAGGACACCAAAUAAUAAAUAUAUCCAUGGUUAUUGCCUAAUACACAUAGUAAAGCGUUGUUGUUUUUAAAUACAGAGAUGGAUCAUGUCUUGGCCGUAGUUGAAAAACAAAAUCCUGACAAGGAAAUCGCUUUGACACCAGAUGCCAUCUCCAUGAUAAACGUUUUGCCGAAACAUAAGGAAGAAGACAACAAUGUUUCAAAAGAAAUGUGCUCAGCUUUUAAUGGGAUAAUAAACAACAUAACCGUGCAGUCAGUAAUUGAUCCUUUGCAUCAACCUGUUAAAGAUGUUGUCGAAGUUCUUCAAAAAGAAAAAAACACAGUGAUAUCCGUACAACAGAAAUGCGUGGAGAUUUACAUUGCGUCCCCAACUGUUCAAAGUUGGAUGACAUUAAUCAAGGACUUUUUAAAUGGAACGAUUGAAAAAGCUUUCCAUCCGAUCCAAACGCACUUGAGAACACGUUAUGGGUGUGAAAAUCUUAUCUUAAUGAUAGAAUUAAACGAGGAACACUUCGCAAAAUGUGCUAAUUCUAUUAUUGACAAUUUGCAUCAAAUAGUUAUCAAUCAAGAAAGCGAAGUGCAUAGUCUUCCAAAAGCAGGCGAACUUAAAGAUGAGAUAGACGAAACAAUGACAAGUCAAUUUCAAGCAUUACAUUUAGGAAUGGUUAAAGAUUCCGUCACAAAAGUACCGGCGGCGAACAAAGAAGCAAGUAAUGUUUCCGAAGCGCUCGUUGACGAUCAAGUAACCAAUGAACCUGAUGGGGACAAAGCCAUACCUUCCGCUUCCACCGCGCUCGUUGACGAUCAAGUAACCAAUGAACCUGAUGGGGACAAAGCCAUAACUUCCGCUUCCACCGGAGAGACAGAGUUGCAACAAACUAAUCUCAGUAAAGAAGAGGAAGGUCUGCAUAAGAGUGGCUAUCAAUUUGAGCAACAGGAUUCAAAAGCCCCACCACAAACAGAGCAGCCGAAACCAGAUGUGCCAUCAAAAACACUGACCGGCAAAGAUGAUUUAAGAAUUAUUUUGGCUGGACAAUCUGACCAUGACAAGAGAGCAACAGGAAACUCACUGUUGGGGAUCACAAAAGAAGAAGGAUUUCAGUCUGUAACAAAAAUGUAUCAAACAAAGGAAAGCAAACGAUUUGGAAGACGCAUACAUAUUGUGGACACUCCUGAAAUGUUUGACACAACAUCCACAGAUGCAAUGGUGUACGACAGAUUAGUCAAUUUCAUAGGGAUGACAUUGCCCGGAUUCAAUGCUAUCUUCCUAGUACUGCGUCCUGACCGACCCAUUGAACACAUUAUUAUAACUAUUGACAUUUUCUUGAAAUUCUUUGGACAUGAUGUUAGUGAAUAUAUAUUUGUCAUUUUCACUCACUUCGAGACAAAAGAACAAUUUGAAAAUUACAUUGGGGAAGGUUUAAAUACCCAUUCAGCUAAGGGAAGAGAAGCAUUUGAAUAUCUGAGAAACUGCUGUCAACAAAAAAUGUUGUUCAUUGACAACAAGGCCGACAAACAUCUAAAAGAAGAAAUGGUCUGGGACAUAUUGAUGGCUGUAGAAAAAGCUAAUGUCAAAGCCCCAAAACCAUACUUUCAAAACAAACAUACUGAAAUAUUCAAGCAGAAGGUUGUAGAGGUUUAUCGGACAAAAAAAUGUCGUCAUGGAGCUGGACGGUCUAAGGAAGAUCUAAGAAUCCUCCUGGUUGGCCUUCCUGGUCAUGGAAAAAGUGCAACAGGGAAUUCACUUAUGGGAAAAUCUGACAAACAUUUUACAGAAAAAGGUUCAUUAUUUGGAGAGGCAUACAUACAAACUAAAGAUGGGAUAAACUUCAAACGCAAAAUAAAGGUUGUGGAAUUCCCGAUGAAGAAUAGUUUGAGUCAAAGUGGCGAAGAUUUCCGCAAAUUAAUGUUGCAAGCAGAGCAACUGUUGGACCCAGGAUUUCAUGCUGUUUGUUUUGUAUUAGAUCCAAACAAGAUGGCAGAUGUGAACAAACAAUUUCAGCCAUUUAUGGAGUUCUUGGAAUAUUUAGCAAGUGAUUAUGCUUUUAUAAUCAUGACUCGUACCAAAAAUGAAGAAGAAUGUGAAAGGCAUGUUCCAACCAAAAGUGACCCCAAAGGUGCAGGGAUCACAUCUUUAUUCAGGUUUUGUAAAGAUAAGGCUUUGUUCAUAGACAAUAAAGCUGAGCGAAAAGAUGAAAUGGUACAAGCUAUUCUCACAUGUAUUGACAGCGCAAAUGCUGCAAAGACUAUUCCUUACUUCAGCUCACGUUUCACAGAUCAAGCUGUGGCUGAUGACGCUGCUCUACAUGAGCAACUUCGAAUAGAACGUGAAGCUUUUGAUGCGCUUACAAGAGACAUUGAAAAACACGCGGCAUUCAGUAUGGGUGUGUCUUGACUUCUGUUUUUAUCCAACCUUCCAUUUCUGUAUUAAGUGUUAUCUUCAAAUUCAAAUAUUGGUUUUCCAAUUGGGCUGAUUUAAUCAUUAUAAUUAUUGCUCUAUUACAAUUUAUAAGAUGUCAACUGUAACUGGCGCCUAUGACAGUUUUUGUUUGAAACUCUUGGAGAGUUGGAAAUUGCUCUCUGUGAACAAUACAUUGAAGUUAAGUGUAGCCGCUAUAAAUCCCUUGAAAAUCCAAUUUGCUUACUUAAAUUUAGGUGAGUGACAUGGGGCCAUCUUGGCCCUUUUUCCAAUUUAAAUUGGGUCACCACUUUGUUUGCUAUAUAUACAUAUCAUGUAUUUAGGUUUAUUAUUUAUUGUGCAAGGUGUUGUUUAAUAUAUAUAAUUAUCAUGCUAAAUGGUCAUUGUAUGACAACAUUAUGUAUGAAUUUGGCAUACGAUUUAUAAGAGACAUAGUAUGAGCAUCUGGAAUAUUCACAAGUCUAAGCAAAACAUUGAAGCUAAGUGUAAAGGUAUAACAAAUGUUUCAUUUUUAUUUUUUAAAGGUCAUUAAAGAUCUGUAGCAGAUUUCAUUAAAAACUCCGGUUUUGUAUCUGUAAAAACAACAACCAAUAAUGAAGCUUAUAUUUCUUGUUAUCUUAAUUUGGUUUUUACUCAGAAACAAAAUAAACUAGGAUAUGAAACUCUUAGUUCAAAUACUGAAAAACCUUCAAGUGAAACACAAUUGAAUAGACUCCUCACUUAACAUACAAUUAAAGUACACUGGUGCCAUGCCUAAUUUUUUCUCCCCUUUUUAAUUUUUGUAUUACAUCUAUACAUUAUUUUUAUUAUACCGGUAAUACAAUGAAUUAUUGGGGUAUGAUUUUUACAAGGACUAUAUAUUCAUAGUAAAUAUCAUGUGUGUGUAUGUCUCUCUGAAAAUAUUAACUCAUAUUUGUGCUACUAACACAUAAUCAAUUUUACGGUAUGGAGCAAAAUGGCCCUAACCUGCACAAACCUAUGGGCAAGGUAAAUUAAGUUUCUUCUCAAAAAAACAAAAAACAGAAAAUAAGGAUGAUAAAUGGUUUAAUUUAAGGGCAUAUUAAUGGUAUUUGACAUCUUUCAGAAACAUUUAGUUAUUAUAACCACUCAUCUUGAACGCGUUGUGAAUAAGGCUUAAAGUUCCAUACAUAUUUUACCAUUUCCUUAUUUCACCGAAAUCAUGGUCAUUUACGUAAUGUUUUAGUUCUAUGUCAUGUUAUACAACCAAUAUUGUUUUAUGUCACAAAUUAAAUUUGAAUGUUAUAUCAAAGCCACUAAAAAUAUUUACAAUCUCUACUUAUGCUGACAAUGUUUACAAUAUAUUCAGAUUGUUUCCACUGAAUUGAAAUGAGAAAUGAAUAUUAAAGUCAACAUACAAUUGAAAACAACUCUAUGCUGACAAUGUUUACAAUAUAAUUAAAUGUUUAAGAGCAUGUAUGGUUAGUCAUGAUUGCUACAUUUGUUUAAGCAUCAAACCUUAAAACAUAUAUGUAAGUGCAUUCUCUGUUAAAAAAUAUGAACUUUUUUAAAUCGAGCAAUUCCAUGAUUUCAUUGGCCAUUGGUGUCUAUAAAUUGGAUUGAAAGCUUAUAGCCAAUCAUUUUUUGGUAAAAUCCUGGGUCUUGUUGCUUAAAACUAUAAAGGUCAAUUACGCUAACAGCCCUGAAUAUUUUGAUCAAGUUAUGUAUGUAUCUUUAUUAAUAACCCUUCAUUAUAUGUAUCAAUUGUAAACAAAUUUGUUUUCUCUAAUAAAUAGAAAAUGUUAGAUAAUAGCAUUAAUUGUAAAAUUAAUUUCAAAGUUAACAGUCAGUUACCUUAACAGGACGUUAACAUUUUGAGGAACCAGGUCCAGCUGAUCUGUAAAAAAAUGGAAAUAGUAAUCAAAUGAGGAAAUGUUUUCAAAUAAAGACAUGUUUAACAACAUGGUGGCUCGGACCAUUUGUUAAAGUGAAAGAUAAAAACAUGCCAAUUAGGCAAAUAAGCAUCAGUUAUAUGUAAUUUUUAUGUAUCUAUUUUAGUUGCCUUUGAAUAAUAUUGUGUGUGUUUCUUGUAAAAAAGUGCCAAUUUCAAUUUAAGAAUAUAGAAACAGUGAAUGCCUAAAUCUGCUAGAUUUGUAUCACAGAACUUAAGGGCUAUGCUAUAAUAAAAGGAAUGGAAUUGUAUAAAGACUUUUAUACUGAUUAUAAGUGAUCUAUGUGUGUUUACAAAAUUAAAUGAAAACACCAGCUUUAUUCUAAAUAAUUCAAUUGUUUGCAAAGCUAUGUAAUUUUAUCCAUUAUCCAUUUCAAAAGAAGAUGUAUUUUAAUAUCAUGUUGGACUCCACAGCAAUCUUAUGCAUGUUUCAAAAAAUUGUUUAACUUAAGGAGUCAGAUGUUAACAUUGGUAUUAAAAAAUGUAGUUUAUUCAGGAAAUACCUUCAUUUUUAUACAAAUGCCUAUUUUUUAUUAAUUAACAAUUUUAGUCCAUUUCACUGAAUAUUUGGAGUCUUAAGACAUUUUAAUUAGAAAGUGUGAUUUUGUACAAGCAUGCUUUUGCUAACAUUUAUUGAUGUUUCAAAUUGAACUGUAUGUGGGUUUUGCUUGCAUUCCAGUACUUUCUGAGUUCAACGUUUUAGUUAUGUUGUGGUAUUACUAUUGUAAAAGGUCAUCUUUUUGACAAAUAUAAAUCAAAUUUUGGUUGACAAUGAUGCAAACUUCAUUUCAUUGUAAUUGAAGCAUGAUGACAACAGCAUUAUCACAUUAAGUGGAAGAUAAUUUUGGUUCUCUGUUUAAAUACAUUUAGUGUCAUACUGAGUGAUGUGCAAAAAACCUUAGUUUCUUAAAUCAAAAUAAAACUAAAAGUUUAUAAUCACAUUUUGAUCAAAUGAUUUGAUUCAUUACAUGAAAAAAAUGCCAUUUAAUAAACCAUCAUGUAAACAAAACAAUUCAGCAUUUGAUGUUAUUUAUUUGUCCAUAUAAUUAAUUAAGACCGCAGGUCAGUCUCAGGCUAACAAACUUGGUAUGAUGACAUUGAUAAAAAUGUUUGGAA